GCCUCACCAAAUCUUCUCCUGAGAACGGUAGACAGCGCAUACUGCCUAUCAUCUCUCUGUUUCGCUUCUGCUGCUGCUGUCAAUGUCUCUCCGCCUUUCCAUCCAACCCUUGAUCCCCAACCACAAACGCCAAGCCAAAUUGCUCGCUCUCCGCCCUCCAAGAUCCAAUUUUUAUCGCCCUCCAAAGCUCCUCACCGUCAAAUCCCUCGCCGGAACCCCGGACCCGGCCUCGCCGGUUAAACCCGUAUGGGAGAAGAUGCUAUCGACCGCGGCUAGUCUGUACCCGCUUUACGUGACCUUCGGAGGCGCCGUUGCCUGCGUAAAGCCCUCGGCUUUCUCGUGGUUCGUGGAGCGGGGGCCCGCCUCAUAUAGCUUCUCUCUGGGUUUUAUAAUGUUGGCUAUGGGCCUUACCCUGGAGCUGAGGGAAUUCUUUUCCCUCCUACGCCAAAGGCCUUUCUCUAUACUGUUUGGUUGUGUUGCUCAAUACACAAUAAUGCCAGCUUUUGGAGCUAUAGUUAGCAGAGCACUUGCACUUCCACCAUCCCUUUCAGUUGGUCUCAUUCUGCUGGCAUGUUGUCCUGGAGGAACGGCAUCCAAUGUGGUGACAUUAAUCGCCCAAGGAGACGUGCCAUUAUCCAUUGUGAUGACUGUGUGCACCACUCUAGCUGCAGUGCUUCUCACUCCUACCUUGACCAAAAUGCUGGCUGGAACCUAUGUCCCUGUGGAUGCCGUGACACUUUCUAUCAGUACUUUGCAGGUGGUCGUUGCUCCCAUUUUGUUGGGUUCUUACAUGCAAAGCAAAUUUCCUGCCAUUGUAAAAGUUAUUACGCCCUUUGCUCCUCUUCUUGCGGUGUCAUCUUCUUCACUUCUAGCAAGCAGUGUAUUCUCAGAAAAUGUUGUGCGUCUAAAAUCAUCAAUCACCGAUGCAUCAAAUUUUGGGAUCCAGGGCAUAUUUUCUGGAGAUUUCGGGGUUGCAGUACUGUCAGUUCUGUUAUUACAUUUUGCAGGCUUUUUCGUUGGCUCAAAGAGGUUUUGUAAACAUUUUCCUAGAACACCAGUAUCUCUUUUCUUAUACUCAUUACUAAGGAUGCUUCAUCUACAGAUAUCUGUCUGCAACCAUUUGUGGUUUCAGAGAAAGGCAGCGUCGAGCAAUUUCAAUUGAGGUUGGUAUGCAAAACUCUUCCUUGGGCGUUGUUUUAGCGACUGCCCACUUUUCAUCCCCGCUCGUCGCCUUACCGCCUGCAUUGUCAGCUGUGCUUAUGAAUAUCAUGGGUAGCACUUUGGGUUUUAUAUGGAGAUAUCUUGAUCCAUCUGAUAUGAAGAAUGGACAUAAAACUAAGAGUGAUUAGUAUCAAGUUAUGUAAAUUUCAACCCUUUUUUCAACUUAUUGUACUGAAGACUUGCACAGCUUACAUUUCUUCAAUUCUCAGUCAAGUAUCUUCAUUUAAA